AUGGUUCCGGAUUAUACUUGUCUAUCUGAACUACGUAGGUUACAGCAGGCUACGAAUCAGCGCUUAGAGGAAUUCUACACCAAAGGCGCAUUCUACGAACUUAGUCGGUUUGCAGAACAAAAGAUUAGCUUGUUGGAUGAGCUUAGUAGCGGUUACUAUGUUCGGCGUGCCUCUGCAGUACUCGUCGAUACCAACAGACGAGGUACCGAGCAAAGUUGGCGCUCUGUCCGAAUUGCGGAAGAGACCACCGUGGUACAGCGGCUGGUUAAAGAUGUAGCAUUUUUGCGUACACUCGUUUUCACGAAAUCUGUGAGGGUGUACCAAUGUGACUAUUCGAACAAUAGCGAUCUUGACCGCCUACUGCUCUCGUACGACCUCUACAAUGUUCUGCAUUUGGCACUAUUGGACGCAAUAAUUCGUUCUGAUGGGUGGGAAGUUGCCUGCGAUGUAUUGCUACAACUUGGAGUGGUCUUGUAUCUCCUACGUGUAGACCUGAGCAACGUCGUGCGUGAUCUCGAAGGAUCCGCUUCGAGAAACUGUACAUGGUUCAGAGCACACCUAAUCAAAAACAUAUUAACUCGACGUGGAAUCUACUUGAACGACAUAGUACCGUCAAAUGAUGAUAGUGCAAUUGUCACAAGCGUUGUAAAAAUGUUCAGAGAAGAGCUUCAGCUGGAGACCUGGUCGCGAGUUGUUAUGCUUUGGUUUCGUGAGUCAUCACUUCACAACGUCCUUGAAACGUUGCCAUAUCUGCCUUUGCAACUACGAUCAAGGAUAUACCGACGUGCUAAAUCAUCUAUACUUCCUCACGGCGCUGAAGAUGCCCUCCUUAUUAAACAAGGUGCUAUUGAUAUUGCAUCACCGGUACGUCGAACGAAGAAUUCACGCAGAAGAGCCGGUAGUGCCGAUAAGCGACUCGCCUAUAACUGGUGCAACUUAAAGUAUAAGAGGGUUUUCGAUUAUCUUCUCUCGACAAACAGCUGUUACCGUCUAUACGCUCUAGAAGCGUGGCUCAUGUUGGCACAAAUUUCUGUGGACAUCGAUCACGACUUGUACUCAUCGUUAUUCUUUAUGGUAUACAUGGCUGCACGCAUUAUUGUUUCGGGAUCAAUGUACUUUAACCAAACUGCAAAAAAUCCUUCGGAGCGCAAAUCCAGCUUUGCAUGCGGCAGUAGCAAGGAACAGGUACAGGAUUUGAAUUCUAUGUCGUUUAUUAUGGAUUAUGCAUGGUCGCAUCAUCGAGCCAACCAGAAAACGACCUGUGUGAUGUCCGAUGUGGAAAAUAUCUGGGUAAGGAAGACAUGGAAUUGGAUGCUAGUGACACUAAAGGACAAUUCGGACUUAUCCGGUAUGGCUAGAUAUCUUGGUAGCACUAGGGACCAGCUUGAAUAUAUGGUGAUGUACGAUGUCGACAGACUGAUUACUUACAAUGCUCCUGAUAUCGACACCCGUUCUUUAGCCCCGUGCUCAUCCAGGGCUAAUAAAAAACCCUUGGCAAUUAGUCUUGAGAUUGCUUGUAAUGAUUUGGAUUGGUUAAAUUCAAAGGAGGACGAUGGUUGUGUUGAUUCUAUUCAUAUAGAGGACGUCCUUGUGGGUGAUCAUUCACUGGAGGUGACCAUUGACUUCAGUCCGUUGUGCCACUUCUUGGUCUGUCACAACAGGUUUAAGAAGCCUAAUAACAUAUCUAUAGGCAACUACACGUACUUCGCUAAACCAUUAGUCGCCAAAGUGCCAAAUUUUGCGACGCAAUCGUCUACAAGUGGAUAUGAUCGGAUGGUUGUACUGGCUUUGGUGGCAUUUUGCAUCUCGGUUGACCGUGAAUAUACGGUAUUGCAUUUUAGGCAAUCAUUGGACUACUUGAACUACAAGGACACGUUGAGAAAGAAGGGUAAAUUGUUCCUUCGCCAGGUUUUGCCAUGGGUACCUGUCAGGAAAAGCGUCGAAACAAACCGAAUGCUGAAUUUCCAAAAAAUGAUACGAACCACAUUUAACAGCCAGGCACGUGCAUCGUAUAUAACAGCUACUGGAGAUGAUAACAGUAUCUUUCGUGGUUUGGGCCGAAUCUUGGCCUGCCAAUAUGCUUGCAAUGUUAGAAACCCCGGUAUCGUAACGAAACACAACAAGCUGCGCAGAAUAAGUUACCAAAUGAGGAGGGCUAGGUUUAAACGCCGGUUUAUGAAUUCUUGGCGUAAGAAACCGAGCUUCUCGGAGAUAACUGAUCGGUCGCAGGCAACCUUAUCUAUGGCUAGUGGUCAUCCUAACAAAUAUUAUCCACGUACAGUGCAAUUUUGUUCCACAUGUACGAUUGUAUGUGGACAAAAUAAACUGUCAAAUGGGUUUUCUCACACAGAUCCAGAUUAUGUCAAUGAUAAAACGAGUUGUGCUGAUGAGUUGGACGAGCACAGUGCAACACCGUUGUCUGAAGCAAUAAGUGAUACAUGUUGUUUCUGCCACUUAGGCCGCAUGAUAUCGUUGAUAAAAUGGAUAUCUCAUUUCAUAUUUACCUCUGGAGUCUGGAUUAACACUCAAAAUGUGCCCGUGGAGUUCCCAGAGGGCAAUAUUUACAUGCCGGCGACUUCGUGUUGCGCCAGUGACAUCGGAGAAGUGUCGUCGGAGGGUAAAUUGAGAACCGAAACUGUAAACCAGUGUUCACGUGACAGUAAAAUUCUUGAAUACGUCAAUGAAGUCUACACCUCGGAUGAUGAACCAGAGGGUAUACAGCAAAUUGUCAACGGCUUCACGUUACUUCAUGAGCUAGUAGAGUCCACCAUGCUUGUUCAGUUGGCGACUUUUUUUCACGAGCGACAGUACGACUAUUUGGUGCUUCACUUGGCCUUGCUUCAGGUGUUGCAAGGCAGGUGGAAUCUUUCCCUGUCAUUGCUGAAGCAGCUCCAGGGAGUUACCAGCGGAUACAGCACACCGUUUUUCUAUGGGAAUAUUGAGAUAUACACCGACGUUAUGCGACUUACGCAUAUAGAAUCGAGGUUCAGAUCUCACUUGUCAGCUAAGCUCCUCAUCGAAUUGGUUAUGGAACCUCAGCUUGCCAUUGAACAGCUUUCGGAGGAUACUAACGUUGCAUCUGGAACUGGUGAAGUGGAAGGCCUGCUAUCGACGCAAAAUGUCCUAACCCAAACCAAGAGAGAAUACAAACAUGAUGACACGACUUUGGUGGGUGGUCACGAUACAUCUGCCAUCUCGCUGCUGCUCAUGGGAGCCGCUUAUAUCAAGCUGGGAUACCUGCAGGUUAAUCCUUCGUCGGUGCCAAUAUCUGAAAUUGGUAAACAUUGGAUACAAGUAAGUGACCCCGUAUUGGGUCCGUUGCGUGUGUUGGAAUGUGUUGACACCCACACUGAGACAGUGGGAGGCGAUAACUUCGACCAUCCACCGUGCUCUCCUGAUGAUGUUGAUACCAGCUAUGGCGGUAGCCGAGUUUCGAUGGCUGUGCAGUGCAUUUUGCAAUCGUUGUCACUGGAUCCGCUUUGCUAUAAGGCAUGGGUAUAUUUGGCCCAUUGUGCUGUGCUUGCUCACGACUAUGAGUUCGCAUACAUGUGUUGCAGCAGGAGUAUAGAGUGUUACGACUCGUGUUUGGCCGCCUGGCUUACCAUGGCUGUGGUAUUGAGCUCUCGAGUGCGGAGCUGCGCGCCUGUGAACGUGACCAUUGGUGUCUGGCAGGAGUACCUCACUCGCAAUACUGGUCAUAGGAAGGACGGAGAUAGUCGCUGUGAUACAGAUAUCAGAGCAGUACCUGUGCCAUAUGACCCAGUGUUUCCCAGUCUGGCUGGGAACGAAUUAGAGCUCUCGUCUCACCUAGGCAAAUCUGUAGGAGGGGAUUUGUCAGAGUGUUUGGAAACGUUGGUCACUGCCACGCGUUUCGGAAGUGUAUAUGCGUACGCUGGUGCGUUACAGCUAAUAUGUAGAACUGCAGAUGACACCGUCGACACUUUCCCGUGGGAAAAUGCAAGAAGGCCAACAUAUUCUUCACGCAUCGAUAUAGGGGAAUUGAUAAUGGUGCUUAGGGCAAGUGUGGAUUUUGGAUCUCAGUCUGGCAGCGUAGCGAUACCGGAGGAGUGGAUGAAGCAGGGUAAUAAAAUGUGCUUAAUCAUAAAGGCUCUAGUAUUUCGUGCUGUUUCACGGAAGCUUCUUAUUUCUUCCAUUCCUUUCCUCCGUGCUUUGUGUCUGAUGUUUUCUCUAGAUACUGUUGCUGAUUCACGUUCGGGAUCGGUAACAAGAUGCGGUGCGUCCGACAGCACCUAUUUCGAGGAAGAGGUGUAUGGUUGGAUAACCUGUUUAGAGGUGUUAUCGCAAAGCUCUCAUGCUUUAGUUGCGGAUUUGUUGUUCCCUCUUCUUGGGUGUUACCUAAAGGCGUAUCGCCCAGGCUGUAGUGACGGACAGGGUUCCGCUGCUGCCAGCGAAAAGUGUUAUCGUGGUCCGUUUUCAAAAGGAUACCAUUGCGGUGAUGUGGAGCGACACUUCGGUGACGGUUCGUUGAUGGCCGCUGAUAUGCGCGCAGAGGUGGCAUUUUUACGUUUGUAUGUGCGUUCUUAUAACUGUGGCACAGACCAACUACGUGACUUGCUGUUCGACGUGCGCGCUGCAUCGUGUCGACAUAACAGCCGCAAGCUAAGUCUUCUGGAAGGUCGAAUACUGGCAGGCCUUGGCCGUUUGGAAGAAUCUGCUCAGGUAUUUGAGCCCCUGCUACGCAGAGGUUUCACUGGUACCGCAUCCACCGAUUACCUGAUGGAGUGUCGGUCGAUGAAGGUCUACUCCCAUGUUCUCAAGGAACUCGGGGAAGUUGGACAGUCGGAAGCUGUGGACGCUUUCGCGGAGCAGUGUUAUGUCACGACACCCUUACUUAGGCAGCUCCAUUGGGUCACUUCUGACCCUUAUUACGUUCAUCGCAUCGCACUAGUGUCUCCGUCCUCCGAGAAUUGUUUCAAGAUGUUUUCGAUGUUUUUUGGUCAACCAUGUACUCUGGACGUGGAAAUAACCUCGGAGCCUACGCGGCCGCUCGUGUUCGUCGAUCCGCAGCAAAAGACGGACAAAUGCCCCGUAUUCUCGGACGGGGAAGAAAUCAGCGGUACGGCUUUUAUCAGCCUAAAGCCGGGGAAGCAGUUUGAUCACCAGGGCAUCAAAGUUGAGCUGAUCGGUCAGAGUGACACCCUCUAUAAUAAGACUGGAACCUAUAACUUCUUCACGAUGUCACGUGACAUCGAGGCCUCUGGGAGCGUAAUUGAGAGUAAGCGCUACAACUGGAAGUUCCCGUUGGUGGGCAUAGAGAACGAAUCUUACUGGGGUGUGAACAUUCGUUUGUACUAUUUUGUGCGUAUCACCAUCGUCAAAGCUUACGGCGGCAACAUAUGUAAGGAUGCUAUGUUUGCGGUACAGAAAGUGGGAGUACCGCCUCAAAUCAAUAACACCAUUAAAAUGGAAGUUGGGAUCGAGGACGCUCUGCAUAUUGAAUUUGAGUACAACAAGUCGACCUAUCAUUUACGUGACGUGAUACUAGGAAAGGUAUACUUUUUAUUGGUGGCGUUGACCAUCAAAUACAUGGAAGUAGCAAUUCAGAGGGUGGAGACCAUCACACUAGGACGUACUAUAGUGAACGAGACGCAAACUCUGACCACGUUUGAGGUGAUGGAUGGGUCUCCCGUUAAGGGUGAGUGUAUACCCGUCCGCAUCUAUCUCAACGGUCUUGACCUAUGCCCCACCUACAAAAACGUCCAAAACAAGCUGACUGUUAAGCACUAUAUUAACCUCCUAAUCGUGGAUGAAGAUGACAAGCGCUACUUCAAGAAGCAAGAGAUAGAGUUUUGGCGUGACCGUCUGGGCUAG